CUCCCUCUCUGUCUCCAAGCCUUUUGCUUUCCAAGCUGAAAUGCAGCUGAAAUCUGACGCCUGGACUGCACACACAGUGAGACGUGGGCAUGCCCUUGCAGUGCWCUGAUUUCCUCUGCAGCUUGGAGAGCCAGAGCCGUGCUGAGGCUCGGCAGAGGAGUCUCUCCAUCAGGCAGUGAGUGCCACAUCACUGGGCUGCCUUCAGAGGGGCUCCAGCAUGGUCCUGAGGCUCCUGCUCCUCCUUGGUGGGCUGCUUAGGGCCACCAAGCCAGCACCCCGCUGUGAAACCGGCCAGGAGACCCUAGGUCAAUGCCAAACUGUGCAGAAAGCAAAAUGYGUGGAUAUAGCCCUAAGUUCUUGCACUGAUGUUGCCUAUACUCAAAUGGUGUAUCCAAAUUUUCUGGACCAGAAGUCUCGAGAAGUGAUUGAGUACAGCUCUGAGUACCUGCUCAUCAGUGUGCUGCACAACUUACUGCAGGGGGAAUGCAACCCCGACCUGAGGCUCCUGGGGUGCUCAGUGCUGGCCCCACAGUGUGAAAAGGACAAAGCCAUAAAGCCCUGCAGGCACGUCUGUGAAAACCUCAAAAAGAAUUGCCUCCCUGCCUUUGAUGCCAUAGACAUGGCUUGGCCCUAUUUCCUGGACUGCGACCGCUUUUUCGCCGGGGAGGAGGAGGGGUGCUUCGACCCGCUGGCAAAGCUGCGAGGAGAAGCAGAUGCUGAGGAAGAUYUGUCUUCAGACUUGCCAGCAACUUUUAUCCAGUUCAAGCACCAUUCAUAUUCCCAAAUGGUGAGCACCCUGAAGAAGACUGCCUCUAAGUGCUCCCACAUUGCCACCACCUACAGCAUAGGUCGCAGUUUUGAAGGGAAGGAUCUUUUUGUGAUUGAGUUUUCAACCAAGCCUGGACACCACGAGCUGCUCAAGCCAGAAUUUAAGUACRUUGGCAACAUGCACGGAAACGAAGUUGUGGGGAAGGAACUGCUGAUUUACCUCGCACAGUAUCUGUGCUCUGAGUAUCUUCUUGGGAACCCUCGCAUCCAGACMUUGAUUAACAACACCAGAAUUCAUCUCCUGCCUUCGCUCAACCCUGAUGGGUAUGARCUGGCUGCAGAAGAGGGGGCUGGCUACAAUGGAUGGGUCAUUGGACGCCAGACAGCUCAGAACUUGGACCUGAACAGAAAUUUCCCAGAUUUGACAUCUGAGGCUUACAGAAGAGCUGGGAUUCGUGGGGCCCGUCUGGACCACAUCCCCAUUCCACARUCCUACUGGUGGGGUAAGGUGGCCCCUGAGACAAAAGCAGUUAUGAAGUGGUUGAGGUCUAUCCCAUUUGUGCUCUCUGCCAGCCUCCAUGGCGGUGAGCUGGUUGUGACAUAUCCUUAUGACUAUUCAAGGCAUCCUAUGGAAGAAAAAAUGUUCUCCCCGACACCUGAUGAGAAGGUGUUCAAAAUGCUGGCCAAAGCCUACGUAGAYGCACACCCCGUCAUGUCAGACAGGUCCGAACUCCGCUGUGGUGGGAAUUUUGUAAAACGUGGAGGUAUUAUAAAUGGUGCUGAGUGGUACAGCUUCACUGGAGGUAUGGCAGAUUUUAAUUACCUUCACACAAAUUGCUUUGAGGUUACCGUGGAGGUGGGGUGUGAAAAGUUUCCUUUGGAGGAAGAACUGUUUACAAUCUGGCAUGAAAACAAAGGUGCCCUUCUGAAUUACAUGGAAAUGGUUCAUCGUGGGAUAAAAGGAAUUGUGUCUGAUAAGUUUGGCAACCCAAUAAAAAAUGCYCGUAUUUCAGUCAGGGGCAUUCAGCACGAUGUCACCACAGCUGCUGACGGCGAUUACUGGCGGCUGCUGCCCCCRGGGACGUUCAUCAUCAGCGCCCAGGCGCCGGGCUACAGCCGCGUCAUGAAGAGGGUCACCAUCCCCGCCAGGAUGGCGCAGGCCGGCCGCGUGGACUUCGUGCUGCGGCCCAUGGACGCCUGGCCCAACAAACUCCUGCGCCGCUCCAUGGAUGACAUCCAYGACCCCCAUGACCCCCUGGAACUCUUUGACCCACACGCCCAGCACGGGCAGCCCCAGGCUCGCGGUGGGUCGGCGCCAGGCAGGGAGAAGCCRUGGUGGUGGUCGUAUUUCAGCUCUCUGGACCUGCACAAACCCCUGUGGCUGCUCAAGCAGCGCUGAGGGCAAUGGCGGUGCUCUGCUCUGCUCACUCCAGGCACCCUUGCCAAUAUUUAAAUGUUUCAUUUCAAAAUAUAAUGGUGAUUCAAGCACGUUUACUUCUUCUGUUUUCUCUUCGCGCACACACACGGAAUAUAUUCGAGUGGGUUUUUUUUUUUGUA